GACAGAGAGAGAGAGAGAGAGAGAGCAAGAACAAGAGGAGAGCGGCAAGUUGCAUCUAUUUUUUAUGCAGCACCAUCACCAUCCCUCUUCUGCCUUAGCUUUUCCCCCACUUUACUUCUCAAGUCCUGGAUGAGAGCUAAAGACUGUGUGGGACUCAGGCUCACAGAGGAGAAUGAGUUCUGCGGAGGAGAGAGAGGACCAUGACAUGUACUGUGAGAAGGCAGUGGCCCUCAUCAUUGACCUCUGUCUGGAUAACAGCCCACUGUUGCAGCCCAAUACCUGCCAGGACUUCAUCACACUGCUGGCCACCAACCAGAGCCCAAACUCUGCAGGGUCAGAUCUCUCCUUCAGCCUCCUGCUCCUGGUGUUCGUGGCCUGUGGCCUGGGCCUGCUGGGCGUCAUUGUCUUUGCCUCCUGGAAGCUGUGCUGGGUGCACUGGCGCACCAAGGACCUCUCCUCCAGUGCCACUGUCCUCGCCUCCGCCCCCCCCUCCUCCGCCUCUGACAGACCCUACGACAGAGCCUUGCCCGCACACGGCCACAGGCCUACGCUCGUACAUGCACACACGCACACACAUGCCAUGGCGUCGGACAAGCUGAAUCUUUCGGACCCGGCAAGUUUCCUAGAGGCAGCGGUGAAGAUCAGCCACACGUCGCCUGACAUCCCUGCCGAGGUGCAGCUGUCCAUGAAGGACCAUUUCCUGCGCCGCACGCGCAUGUCCAGGCAGACCACCGAGCCCACCUCCUCCACUAGGCACAGCUCCUUCAAGAAGCACCUACCCCGACAAAUGCAUCAUGUAACCAGCCUUGACCGAGGCAGCGACUUCCCCUAUGCAGAGGACCAAUCCACCAGCCUGGCCAGUUUGGGCCGCAUCCAGCCAGAGCUCUACAAACAGAGCUCCCUAGAUGCCGACGAGUCCUCCAAGAACUGCGCUGCCGCCAAGACCUGCGGUAAGAUCAACUUCUCCCUCAAGUACGACUACGAGUCCGAGGCUCUCCUCGUCAACAUCCUCAAGGCCUUCGACCUGCCCGCCAAAGACUUAUGCGGCAGCUCCGACCCCUACGUCAAAAUCUACCUUCUGCCUGACCGCAAGCGCAAGUUCCAGACCCGUGUCCAUCGCAAGACGCUCAACCCCAUGUUUGAUGAGUCCUUCCAGUUCGCCGUGCCCUACGAGGAGCUGGGCAGCAGAAAGCUGCACCUGAGCGUCUUUGACUUUGACCGCUUCUCCCGCCACGACAUGAUCGGCGAGGUCAUUCUGGAGAAUCUGUUUGAGGUGUCGGACCUCUCCCGUGAGAUGGCCAUCUGGAAGGAUAUUCAGUACGCCACCUCUGAGACUGUAGACCUGGGAGAGAUCAUGUUCUCUCUCUGUUACCUGCCAACCGCAGGACGACUCACCUUGACAGUCAUCAAGUGCAGGAACCUCAAGGCCAUGGACAUCACAGGAUACUCAGACCCAUAUGUCAAGGUCUCCCUAGACUGUGAUGGACGGCGCUUGAAAAAGAAGAAAACCACCAUCAAGAGGAACACUUUGAACCCCACCUAUAACGAAGCUAUCAUCUUCGACAUCCCCCCUGAGAACAUGGACCAAGUCAGCCUGCACAUAUCCGUGAUGGACUAUGACUUGGUGGGACACAAUGAGAUCAUAGGUGUGAACAGAGUGGGCAGUCAUGCAGAGGGACUGGGCAGAGACCACUGGAACGAGAUGUUGGCCUAUCCACGCAAGCCCAUCGCUCACUGGCACUCUCUACUGGAGGCAAGCAAGUCUCAGAAAGAGUGGAAAACCCGCACUGCAAGCUUUGACAGCCAAGGCUCUUGCCCUUCUCCAAGACUCCUGUCUAGUCCAUGAGGGAGGAGCUAGAGUUUAUACUCCAUGACUCUACAAAGCCUGCACUGUAGCAAGGCCUGAAAUAUGUGUCCCAGACCCAGACCCACAUAUGGUGUGCCUCAGAGUAAGUCAAGUGCAGUAAAUUGCUCUAGAAUGACAUUAUCCUGCCAUCACACACACACACACACACACACACACAAACACACACAUAUACAUUUAUCUUGUGCCCUCUUGGACAGCCACUUUGUCAUGGUACGUAUAGCCUAUAGUGUAUACUGGGUCUGGUGGGAUCAUUGUUAUUGCAGCUCAGCCUGGUGUGGUUAUAUAUCUGAGGUUAACAUCUUUGUAUAUGUCUGAGGUUUAGUCAAGGAGUUGCAUUAUGGCAGUUUUGUGAACAUACAACAUUAUAUUAAAUAGGUAAAAUGUUAUGGUUGCUGCUGUUGAGCACAAGAUGUUCUUGGAAGCACCCUACGACUUAAAGUACCCAACCCUACAGCAAGUCCAAAACAAUCAACAGGGUAUUAUGAAGUGAACCAUUUUUAUAUACAUUUGUAAUGUUAUUAAAAUCAUAGUUGGUUUACUACAGUGGAAGUUAAAAUGUUGAAUUCAAUCACAGUCACACAACAUUGAUUUGAUCGAGGAGGACACAUUUUUCAUCCCACUACUUUAUCUGUAUUUGUUUUAUGUACACAACAUACACCCACAUGGCCAUCAUAUAUUUUUGAUGUCUGAAGUGUAGCUGCAUUGCACACUAAAAACGUAGAUAGCGUCAUUACAAACAAUGUGAUUUGGUUUGUGGUGGUACAGUACUGUUACAAUUACACUGUGGGUAGGGACUUAAAAUGUACAGUAAUAUGUAUAUAAUGCCCUUUGAUACUGACAUCAAUAAUAGCACUGUAUUUACAAUCACAUAUUUAUGAUAUUAUCAACAUGACUAUCCCCCUGAAUUUACUUUUCUGUUUCAAUUGUUACCUGUGAAGUGUUUGCCAAUAGUCUCCUGUUCAGGCAAUGUCAUGUACUUUGUUGAGGGAGUUGGCUUGAGCGUUGACCCCUUUGCCUCAUUAGCCUUGUGAUAAGUGUUUGAAACAAUGACUCUCCUCUGUUUUUUCCAAUAAAUUUAGAGUAUCUUUCCACUUUUGUAUUGAAAAUGUGUAUUUGUAACAUAACUGUUUCCAGGCGUCCCUUGUAUUUUAAAGAAGUGACAAUAAAGCUGUUGAUUCUGGUUCUAACAUUCCAAA